GCUGAUUGGAGUUUGCCACACACGCACACAGGAACAUCGUGAUACACAAUCACGUUCUAACCCCAAGCACAAACUUACCUAGGCUGUGACUUGCACGAAGUAGAAUGCGUCAACGAGCACACGUUUGCCGAUAUGCCACCAAUCAACAUUGAGCGAAAAUGGCAGAGAAAAUGCUCUAAGUUGGUGACUGUAUGCGUCUCCAGGGCCCGGAUCACCUAUAAGACUCAGCCGCGAUUCUAUUUUAAGAGGUGGAGUUGAUACAAAAGAUUCCUUGCCUGCUCUUUGUCGACGUCCUCUAUCACUGCCUCCCUCAACGCCAUGGCUGAGAAGAAAGUCGCCCUGAGUAGUAUUUCUCUCAUCUUUGCCUGUGGAACGGCUCUGUUUUCUGAUGGUUAUGCCAACAAUGUCAUUGGUGCUGUCAACACUCUUCUGGAACGCAUAUACGGCACUGGUUCCGGCGGCAUCACUACAAACUACAGCACCACACUCUCUAGUGUCGCCUUCGCAGGCACCGUGGUGGGUAUGCUCACCUUUGGCUAUCUCUCCGACAAAGCUGGGCGCAAAUUUGGUAUGAUGUCCGCAACUGGGAUCGUUGCAAUAUUUUCUGGUCUCUCAGCUGCUUCGUCUGGUGCUAAUCACAGCCUCGAUGGCAUGCUUGCUAUGCUUAUUGCAUGCCGCUUCCUUCUUGGAAUUGGCGUCGGCGCUGAAUACCCUUGCGGCUCCGUGGCUGCAUCUGAACAGUCGGAGGAAGAGGGCAUUGCUAAGAACUCGCAACACCGAUGGCUGGUGCUCGCAACGAACACUAUGAUCGAUGUCGGUUUCGUUAUUGGAGCAUUCGUACCAUUAGUACUUUACUGGAUAUUCGGGGACAACCACCUUCGUGCCGUCUGGCGCCUCUCGCUUGGGCUUGGUGUAGUUCCUGCUGUUGCUGUCUUCUUUUGGCGGCUGCGCAUGGAGGAACCUAAUCGCUACAAGCGCGAUUCAAUGAAACACGUCCGUAUCCCAUACAGACUAAUCAUUAAAAGAUACUGGCGUGGCCUGUUUGGCAUCUCGCUAGUAUGGUUCAUCUAUGACUUCAUCACAUACCCAUUCGGACUUUAUUCAUCCACAGUCACCAAUGCCGUUACCGGCGGCAAUUCAUCCCUCACCGUUGUCUUUGGUUGGUCUGUUGUGAUCAAUCUGUUCUACAUCCCAGGCACCGUUGUGGGCGCCUUCUUCGUUGAUCUUUUGGGUCCGAAGGUCACUAUAAUCACUGGCCUUCUCGCGCAAGCGGUCAUUGGAUUUAUCAUGAGUGGCCUUUAUACUCAACUGUCACAACACAUUGGCGCUUUUGCUGUGGUGUACGGCAUCUUCCUGAGCUUUGGCGAGUUUGGUCCCGGAAACUGCCUUGGUGUAUUGGGUGCAAAGUCCGGACCUACUGCUGUGCGUGGCCAGUAUUACGGUUUUGCAGCUGCUGUUGGAAAAAUCGGCGCAUUUAUUGGAACUUGGGUGUUCCCUAUCAUAGUCACGGAUUUUGGUGGCUCAAGUUCACCUAAAGGGAACACUGGCCCCUUCUGGGUCGGCAGCGGUCUUGCCAUCCUAAGCGCAAUCGUCGUUUACUUUUUUGUGACACCCUUGGACCACGAUGGUAUGAAGAAAGAGGAUGCGAAGUUCCGGGAAUACCUCGAAGCUAACGGUUUCGAUGUCUCACUUAUGGGUCUUCCCGAAAUUGAAACCGUGUCAUAUGCGGAAGGCCAAGAAAUAAGUUCAGCGAUCAAGGACACGGACUCAGAGACCAAAGUUUAGUUGCGCUGCAAGCAGACGAUCCUGAUUAUAAUUCACGUUUAUGUUUGUGUACCACGAUAUUUUCUUACUCAGUUGUACAAAUACCUGCUUAAUCACUUAAGAUGCAGUCUUCGGAGAUCUACACUGAUGACAUGUACCUAUUUCGUGAGGAAAACCAUUCUUCUGAAGGUGGCUUACCUUGCAUGGCCCUUGC